AUGUCGGUUACAGCAGGUGUCAGCGAUGUGGCACUAGCCACCCGAGACAAACUCAAUGGCAAAAUUAAUCCAAAAAAAGUGAAGUUUUACUGGCCAGGUAAAUCUCCGGAAUGGGCAAACGAAGCCGAUGAAGAUGGCGAUAUCAAGAUGUCCAAGAUGGACAUCUUGGAAAAGACCUUCCCAAGCCAUGACGGCGCUUCCGAUCCUGCCUUAAGAGACAAUCCCAGGCUCCCCCGUCUGGCCGUGAGCAGGAUCGACAACCGCAACGAGGCAAGUGCUCGACCACUAGAGAAUUCGGCAGCCGAGAUUGUUGGAAGAAGUCCUGGUUGGACAAGGAUUCCGCUCAUCUCUCGGAUUCAAGGAGUCAGGCGCCAAAAUUUGAAAGUUGUUCACUGCUGGAUGAUACGGCGCAGUUUGGUCUAA